AUGCAAUUAGUUACAGCAAAGACUCGCAUACAAGUUGAUAUGGUAAUAGGAGACCUUCAGUAUUCGCUGGCAAGCGGAAUUUUCCCGUCGACUUAUGGCAAGGCUUUCGAUGUAGAAGGGAAAUCGCAGUGGAAAAGUACCGCGAGCUGCCAAGGCAAGAGAGUGGGUUGCGCAUGCGUGUUCCACACGAACGUACCACUUGUUGUACAUCCACGUGGAUCUCAGAGGGUGGGGGACUUAUAG